AGACAUCAUGAAAGUGAAAUUAACAGUAACAGUCCACACACCUCUGCUGUGAUCAACUUAAAUACAGGUAAAAAGCCUUUAAAAUGUGAUGUAUGUGGGAAAGUUUUUGAGUGCAAGUCAAAAUUGCAAAGACACCUGAAAAACCACACAGGUGAGAAGCCGGUUUCUUUCAAAACAUGUGGGAAAAAUGUCAAUGACACAUCAGCAUUGAGUGCUCGUAUAAGAACCCACACAGGUGAGAAGCCGUAUACUUGUAAUGUAUGUGAGAGAGCUUACGGACGUAAUGGCGACUUGAAAGUCCACAUGAGAAUCCACACAGGUGAGAAGCCCUACCUUUGCAAGACCUGCGGGAAAAGAUUCAGUGACCUAUCAGUAUUGAAAAGGCAUUGUGGAAUCCACACAGGUGAGAAGCCACAUACUUGUAAAGUAUGUGGGAGUGCUUUCAGACUUAAUUCUUACUUGAAAGUCCACAUGAGGACUCAUUCAGAUGAGAAGCCGUAUAAUUGUAACGUAUGUGGGAGAGCUUUCAGACGUAAUGGUGACUUGAAAGUCCACAUGAAAAUCCACACAGAUGAGAGGCCGUGCCUUUGCAAGACCUGCGGGAAAAGAUUCAGGAAUGUCUCCGUAUUGACAAAGCACAUGAGACUCCACACAGGUGAGAAGCCAUUUAUAUGCAAAACGUGUGGGAGAGGUUUUACAGGGAAACAUUGCCUGAUUAUCCACAUGAGAAACCACACAGGUGAGAAGCCCUACCUUUGCAAGACCUGCGGGAAAAGAUUCAGUGACGCAUCAGUAUUGAAAAGGCAUUGUAGAAUCCACUCAGGUGAGAAGCCACAUACUUGUAAAGUAUGUGGGAGAGCUUUCGGAUGUAAUGGUUCCUUGUCAGUCCACAUGAGGAUUCACACAGGGGAGAAGCCGUAUACUUGCAAAACAUGUGGGAGACACUUCAGAACUGUCAGUAACUUGACAGUCCACAUGAGAACGCACACAGGUGUAAAGGUGCAUCACUAAUAUGCGCCGAUGCGUGACAAUGUUUGUUUACCAUCAGGUGUGUUUUGUCAUUUUCUCCCUCAGUUUGUCUCUCCCUUCCUGUUUGCCAAUUAUGUUGACAUAGAGUUUGAAUCUGAUGUUUGAAAAAUGCCGGGCAAGUGUGGAAAGAAAAAGGUCCUGAAAAAGUUUUGAAAUAUUGUCCAUGAAAAUGUGAGCGGAACCUGUAAUUAAAAGUAUGACUGAUUUUGCAGUGAACACAGUAAUAAACUGAUCCCAGAAGA